AUGCCUAGCCACCUCGUGAUACCGAAGGCAGAACCGGAUAUUAAGCUAAAAACUAUCAGAAAACGCAAGGAUCAACAGCAGCAUCAAAACCUUUUUUCCAAUGGACCGGAAAUCCCCGGGGUUCCUUGUGGAAGGGAACUUCUGGCAUCCAUCGAUUUGAUUCGACAACGUAAGGCUAGACCAAAUCAAAGUAAUCUGAUCAACUAUAUGUUGAAGAAUUACAAAAUCGACCGUGAGGAAACCUUGAUAACAAUCAAAAAAAUGAUUGAGCUCGAACAUGUAGUUGAGGUAAUCUACAAAGGGUCUAUCAGCUAUCGCAAUGCCUCAAAUUGGAAGAGGCUUCCCUUGUACAUGAACCGACCCGAGGCAUUUCGAAAGGACAAGAUCAACUCAGAAACAAUUUCUGAUGCCUUUUCUCAAUUGAUAUUGCAAGAACCAGAUUACUUGAACACAGGAAUACCAGCUCCCAGGUUGAUCGAUCAUCUGCUAAAUGGUCAUUCGAACCCAACUACUCAACGAAUGGUUGAAGAUUUUCUGAAAAAAGAAGUUUCCCAAGGAAAAUUUGAAAAAUUAUUAAAUGGCAAUUAUUUGUUGGUGGGUUCCUCAAACAUGAGUGGUGGAUCUGUUACCAUAAAUGCUUCUAUACCCAAUCAAGUGGAGAUUCUGAACAUUACUUCAGACUCAACUUUUUAUGAUGAUAAUUCAUCGUAUAGUCCUCACAACGACAAUACACUAUUGCAUACAAAUACAAAUAUUACAAAUAAUACUCUGAAAAAAGAAGAUUGUUUCGAAAUUAUUAUGGGAAAAGACUGGAUCCCGAAUGGACAAAUCCAUGAAUCAAAUAAUAAUAUAACAGAUAUAAACAGUACAAAAAGUUUUGAAAAUCACAGCAGUCAAGAUAUUACAAAUUACAUGUUUGAUCUAUCUUCGGACAACGAAAUCGAGCCAUACAACGAAAUCAAAGAUGUUCUCAAAGAAAAAUACUUCGCCUCGUUGAAUCUGAUUCGUACAUCAUUGCUACCAUCUGUCACAAAUAAUACAGGUUCAGUCAGAGCACCAAAACGCAUUAUUAGAGUCAUAAGAGUGAAAAAAGUAUUUGAUCCAUCAGAUAAUUUUAUAGUGAAAAAGAAAAGAAGCAAACAGCCAAAAACAAUGCCAACAAAGCCAAAAACAAUGUCAACAAAGCCAAAUGCUACAAUUCCCCAAGAAAACAGAGAAACUGUUACCCAUUCUCAAAACAAAGAAACUUCAAAAGAUGAAUAUUGUCAUCGCUGCAGUAGUGAUAAACCAGAUUCAUUAGUGGAGUGCGAAGAUUGUACAACUAAAGUACAUUUAUCAUGUGCACUACCAUCUAAGGAAACGAGCAAGAAAGCCCUUAUUGAUUGGCGUUGUGAAAGGUGCAAGAUGUGUGAAGUAUGUCAUGAGACUGUUGAAUCUGGAGCUAUGGUAAGUUGCUAUAAAUGUGACCGUGCAUCUCACAUUAAAUGCCUAUCAGAUAAAAAAACCCAGAAAGCAUCUAAAUGGGAAUGUCAAGAUUGUCAAACUAAGCGCAAAUCACCAUCACUUGAAAAAGUCUCAAAGAGUUCCGAUUCAAUGGAUGCGUCUGAGGUAACCAACCGUUUGAAGGCAGAAAUAAAAAAAACUGCAAACAGCCCAAAAAUAUCAGAGGUGAUCCAUAACAAAAUAACAAAAAAAUGCGAAAACAAAAAAAAAAUAGAUCCUAACAUACCAGAUGUUAGAAAAUGGACUGUUGAGCAAGUUUUUCUCUUUUUCUCACGUUAUUUUCCAAGACAUGCUCAGGCAUUCAAAGAACAUGAAAUCGAUGGAGCUUCUUUGCUUCUUUUAACCAAGAAAGCUAUAAUCGAAAAAUUAGGUGGCUUACACGGAAAGUUGGGACCAGCAUUAAAAAUCUAUAAACAGGUAGUCAUCCUAAAAGCAAGAUAUGACGAUACCGCCCUUUACUGGCUUUAA